GAGUGGCGUAAACACUCCUUCAUGUGUAGCUGUCACUGUCACUGACGAGCCGCGGCCUUUACCGAGUUUUAAACGCGUGAAUUUCACCAUUUGGUAAAACAUGUCGGUGAAACACGCCCUCGGUCGGGGUCUGGAGCUGGGCAGGUCCAUUUUCCAGCUCGGUAUCCUAAAACCGGCCGGCCGGGUAGCAGCGAAGUUCCGCGGAGAGCGGCUGCGGUUAGGCCCCGCGGCCCGGCCCGUCCAGCCUCAGCCUCUCCUGCCCGCUCGGUACCGAUAUUUCCGCAUGUCGCUCCGCGGCCUCGCUGCGCAGCUCCAGGCGGCCGGGUUUAGGAGGCUGGCCGGGGGCGGAUCGCCCAGGAACAGGGCCGUUUUCCUGGCUUUCGGUGUGGGUUUGGGUCUGAUCGAGCAGCAGCUGGAGGAUGACCGGAGGAGCGCAGCAACAUGCCAGGAAAUUCAGGCGCUGUUCAGGAAGAAGAAGUUCCAGAGCCCGCUAAAGCCGUUCACCUCAGGUUAUAAGCUGGAGGACUAUGUGAUUGGGAAGCAGAUAGGAAAAGGCUGCAAUGCUGCUGUCUAUGAGGCUGCUGCUCCUUUUGCACCACUUAGAGAGAGCACCACAUGUUCGCUGGUGGAGCUGAAACCAAAUGGAGAAGAAACCAACGUCUCAGAGUCACUAAGAUUCCCCAGUGCAGCCAGCUACCCACUGGCAGUGAAAAUGAUGUGGAACAUUGGGGCGGGGUCCUCUAGUGAGGCUAUCCUCAAUUCCAUGUCCCAGGAGCUGGUCCCUGCAAGUCCUGAGGCUCUAAAGAAGGAGAAGGGAGAGGUCGUACUGAGUGGUCAUUUCGGGAGCGUGCCCAAGAGAGUGACAGCUCAUCCCAAUGUCAUCCGAGUGUACCGGGCUUUCACAGCUGAGGUUCCGCUUCUGCCCGGUGCUGAAGAAGAGUAUCCUGCUGCACUGCCCAGCAGGCUCAACCCUGCAGGAAUGGGCAACAACCGCACCCUCUUUCUGGUCAUGAAGAAUUACCCAUGUACACUGCGUCAGUACCUGGAGGUGUGUGUACCGGGCCGCAGGCAGGGCUCCAUGAUGUUGCUGCAGCUGCUCGAGGGCGUGGACCACCUGUGCAGGCAGGGCAUCGCACACAGAGACCUCAAAUCAGACAAUGUGCUGCUGGAUUUUGACGCAGUUGGCUGCCCCAGGCUGGUCAUCACUGACUUUGGCUGCUGCCUGGCAGAGGAAGGCUUGGGCCUGAAACUGCCCUUCACCAGCCGCUGGGUGAACAGAGGGGGGAACGCCUGCCUAAUGGCACCUGAGGUGGCUACAGCUGUACCAGGUCCUGGAGUGGAGAUUGACUACAGUAAGGCAGACGCAUGGGCAGUGGGGGCCAUCACCUAUGAAAUCUUUGGUCAGCCCAACCCAUUUUAUAGCCCUGAAGGCCUGGAGAGUCGCAGUUAUCAGGAGAAGCAGCUGCCCCGACUGCCAGCCAGUGCACCUGAGCAUGUGCAGCUGGUGGUAAAGCUGCUUCUGCGCAGGAACCCGAACAAGCGUCCUAGUGCCCGUGUGGCUGCUAACAUCCUGCACCUCAGCCUGUGGGGCAAGCGAGCUCUGACCAGCCUGAACCCAGCCAGCAUGGGGAAGAUGGCAGACUGGCUGCUGUGCCAAUCAGCCGUGGUGCUCCUGAAGGGCUGCGGGCCCAGAGGCAGUUCUGUGGAGGCCGAGCUGCAGAGAGGAUUCCUCUCCAACCUGGACCUGGAGGAGCUCCGCAUGGCUGUGCGCUACUUGAUGUACGGACGAGAGCUGUGGCAGAGCGCUGAUGUCUAAAGAGACUACAGGGCACAGUGCAUGUGCUGACAUGCUUUUUUCACUGGAAAAGCACAAUCAGAUUUUAUCUAGUCUCAAUAGGGACACAUUUUAGUGAAACGUGUAAAUGGAAACUGGCCAAAGUUUAUCCAGAUACAGUCUGGACACAAAAAGACAUGUUAAUGCAAGAAAGUGUAAACAGGCUCUAUAAAAUAUAAUAAGCUGUUUCUGUCUUUGUAAUUUUGGCCUUUAGAGGUAAAUGAAAUGUUGACCCAGAAAUGAGAUGUAAAUCACAGCAGUUGUUGCUUUCUGAUCUACCAUAAGCUGUGGAAGCUCUACAGUCUGUUGAUGUAAUAGCACUUUAUGUACUUGCACCUUUUUAGUCAUGAAAUAUAAAAUAAACCGUAACAGCCUGGUAAUAUGCUGCUUCUGACUUAGCUAAAUUGUUCGCUGUACACAGCCGUGUUUGUUUUACGGGUUUCCAGUAGUUUGUGCUAAGUCUAAUUAAUUACCAGGACAUAAAAAUUAAAAUGGGUCAAUUUUGUUUUUGUUCAUGUUCAUCACAUAAAGCAAUAAACCUACUGUGUCAUUUUA